ACUGAGAGAGGGGAGAAGUCCUCCGAGCAGAGAGCCACGCUAAUUUUAUCAACGGAACCCAGUAACAUUAUACCAUUAUCACUGAUUUAUUUGAUAUAACUGUGGGAUUAGCUGAAGCGUUAAUUGUCAUUAAGCGCUGCCAUGCUCCCCACCGUUUAUUAAAUUCAACCGUCAGUUUCUAAGCUAAUGACAACGCUGAGACUUUAACUGAACAAUAGAGAGCUGCGCUUUUACCCUCUGCUCUGUAAUGGAGGAGCCACCGGGGAGUUUGGAUGAUCUACAGCCUCAGGACCUCUCCACCACCAGCCUCCCCACCGUUAUCGACCUGACCAGAAGAGCAGACGAAUGUGUCCUAAGCCCCACCUCCCUAGAUGCCUUGCGAAGGGUCACCAGCCCCGCCUGGUACCAGAACUCGGCGACCAGCAGCCCCGCCUCCUCCUCCAGCAUCACGCUCCAACCCGGGGAUCAAAUCCAACCAGACAACGCCUUCUCCCACACCACUGUCACCCUGUCCUACGUGAGCCGGUCUCAUGUCUUCUCCACCCAUGACUCGCUCUCCUUCAGCGUGCCGCCGCUCAGCAGGCUGUCCCUCCAUGCCCCCAUGGACUCCGAGAAAGGACUCGGGGAGACUCGGGGCUUUGCUCUCAACCAGCACUAUGUGGAGCAGGAGGAGGGGCCGGUGGAGCUCUCUGCUCAGAGUCUGCUCCAGUCUCUGUCUCGUGAGUUUAACGGAGGAGACGAGUCAUGUAGUGUGGAUGAAGAUGAAGAUAUCGGAGACGAGUCGUGUAGCGGGGAUGGACAUGUCGAGGACGAGUCGUGUAGCGUGGAUGGACAUGUCGAGGACGAGUUGUGUAGCGUGGAUGGACAUGUCGAGGACGAGUUGUGUAGCGUGGAUGCACAUGUCGAGGACGAGUCGUGUAGCGUGGUUGGACAUGUCGGAGAGGAGUCGGGUAGCGUGGAUGAACAUGUUGGAGACGAGUCGUGUGGCGUGGAUGAACAUGUCGGAGACGAAUCGAGUGGCGUGCAUGUAGAUGAACAUGACAGAGACGAGCCAUGUGGCGGAGGUGACGAUGUUAGAGACGAGUUGUGUCAAGUGAACGCAGAUGAAUGUGGCGGUGACGAACAGAGGACAGGUUCGAGUUUAGAGAAUGGACAGGAAGUCUGUGCUGUCUCUGACUCUGAGUCGGAGGUCAUCUUCCUCCUGUCAAAGGACCGGGAGCAGAUUGUGGCCCCAGGCAACAGGGCCACCAGAGACAUGAGCAGGGACUACAUGAGUCCCCUGGAAGACCCGGUGUCUCCAUCUCAGGAUGGUGUUGAUGACGUGUUCACCUUGCCUCAGGCUUCCUGCUCCCCCAGCGGAGAUGAUGCUUACCUGGAGACGACAGAGGACGCCGAGUGGGAUGGCCAGAGGACAGGGGCGUCUGACAUUAAUGACACCACAGGAGACGAAAACAGAGAGACACCGAGAGCAGAGCUCCAGCCGCUCAUUGACCUAACGGAGGACGAUUCAGAUCAUAAAACGCAACCUGUCGUUCACGUUAAUGGGAACACGAAGACGCUAAAGAGGGUGUUAAACGAGAAGAGACUGCCCACACGCUCUGGCCGGGGGAUGAGGUUAGAGUCCAUCGUGAUGAACAUCAACUCAAGCCGGUCAAAAGUGUCAGCAUGUGUUCGCACUAAAACUAAAUCUCAGUCAACUGUGAGCGAGUCAAAGUUGACUGAGCAGACAGACGGCGUGCCAGGGGGCAGGAAACGGAGAGCAAGUGCGUCUUCGUCUGUCAAAACAAAAACAGAAGCAGUUAGUCCAAGAAAAAGGUGUAGAAAUACAAACUCUACCUCUGACUCUGAAAUCAAGAACUCUAAAAAGGCUCAGAGCCCUCGGUCAGCCGUACACAGACACUCAAAGAAAGAGGCGGAGCCUCUUUUACCUGCUGAACCCUCAGGGGAAAAUCACGUAGUAAGAUCUUCACCAACAAAGCCUCCACCGCCGUCAUCAUCCUCAUCCCCGUCUCCAAAGAAGAGCCGACGAAAACCUGCAGGUCAGAAGACGUCUCCGACAGCAAAGACUCCUCGCAGGAAACGGAGGAAGAAACUGAAGCAGAGCCACUCGUCGUCAUCCGUGUUCGCCCCCAAAGAGCCUGAGAUCAAGCUGAAGUACGUGAACUACCGGGAGGAGAGGAGGGACCUCAGGACUGACACCUUCUCUCCGUUUGUGCGUGUGCAGCGUCAGCCAUCCUCGCCGUCUCUCUGUUCAGUAAUCAACUACCCCGAAGAGGUCAGACCGCAGCACAGGAAGCAGCAGGCUCACCCCGCCACCUCCUUCGUCCCCGCGGCCGUCCCCAGCACGUCCUGUUUGGUGCUUGGUCGGGCGUCCACACAUGGACAGCACCGCCGCUCGCUUGUCUGCUGCCUGUGUGGACUCCCCGCCAACGCCAUGGACUUAGGCGACCUCCAUGGACCAUACUACCCUGAAGGAUACCAGCUAAGCGCCAAAACCCCCGCCAGCGUCAAAGAGGGCGAGGACGAGUUUAGUGACUCUGACUCUUCAUCCUGCAGUGUCAGACGUCAGAGGAGGAAGUGUUCAACCAUGCCGAGGCCCCUUAGAGCCCACCUGAAGAGCCCUCGUUGGUCUGGGGACGGUACCAGCAGCCCCUCAGCUAAGCGUGCUCGGACUGGUGUUGGUUCAGCAGACGUGGAGGACUGGUACAGCCCCCCUGUGCUGCCCCUAGAGCCCUGCGAGUACUGGCUCCAUGAGGACUGUGGGAUCUGGUCUGCAGGCGUGUUCCUGGUGAAGGGCAGAGUGUACGGGCUGGAGGAGGCAGUGAAGGUGUCACACGAGACGACGUGUUCGGCGUGUCAGGAGUCUGGAGCCACAAUGGGCUGUUUCUUUAAAGGCUGUCCUAAUAAAUACCACUACAGGUGUGCUCUGCAGUCAGACUGCGUCCUCAUUGAAGAAAACUUCUCCAUGAAGUGUAAAAAGCACAAGAACAAGACAUUCAAAGCUCCAGCAGGAACCCGCUGUGAUGACAGGUGACAGUGAUAAAGGACGCCUGAUGAGACGCUCUUCAUCCUCCUGCAGGAUCUCCUUGCUGCCGGCCGUGGACCGGGUUCUCCUGACAGACAGCUAACACCGUAAACCUUAACGCCGCUCUCUGCUCUGCACUGUUCCUUCAAACACAGCGUGAAUGUGUGUGCGCUAAUGAUGGUGUGUGAGAGUGUGUGAGGAGACGAUCAGACUGCAGGCCAACACAGGAACAUGAUGACUUUGUGUUUUAUUUAUACAGAGCUUUUUUUUCAGGAUUAGAUAUGAAUUACAAUCAAAGAUAUUUAAUUUUUUAAAUUGUAAGUAUUUGAUUCUAUUUGGUUUAUUUAUUCCUGAAAGGAUUUUUCUCUUAUCGGCAGAUGUCAAAGAGGUUUGAUUGUGUUUUUAAGUUAUUGGUAAAAAUGUUGAAA